CAGCGAGUUCCCAACCAGAAUAACUUCACCACCUUCAUCAUCCUCAUCAUCAUCAUCAUCAUCCUCAUCAUCCUCAGCAGAUAUGGAGGAGAAAGAUGAAGAUAACGGUUCAUUUGACCCCAGCAUUCCAGAGGAGGGUCCGUCAGCUCCCCCUCCUGGCUGGUUGGACAGUGUCUCAGGCUAUGAGGAUGACAAUGGAGAUGAUUCCUCAGAUCAGAUCUGCCCUCCUCCUCCGGACCUCUUUCCUCAUCCUGAGAACGACAGAAACGCAUCAGUUCCAAAUGUGAUGGUUCCUCAGGUGUCUGAAGACGUGGCCAGAGAGGCUUUGCUGAAGUUCGUGAAGAAGAAGUGGACUUACAGCAGCAAACCAGCUCUAAACCUGGUCUACAAAGAUUUAAAGCCUUUUACAGUGUAUCGGUACUGCUUGGAAACGUAUACAGAGUCCAGAUCCAGUGCUUGGAAGCAUGAGACAUAUACUGGGCAGUUUGUGGAUGGACCUCAGUAUGGCCUGAGCCCCAAACCGUGGAACGUGGAAGUUCAGUAUCCGCCCAAAUUUACUGAUAUGGUCAAGAAAGUGCGCGUGCCCCACACCUCAUCUGUAAAGAAUUGUUACUGGUGUCAUGGGAAGGGACGGGUACGCUGCUCUUUCUGUCAUGGCAGAGGACGAAUGCAGUGCAUGUCGUGUCACGGUAUGGGCCACAGCUCCAACAGAAGAUGCGCCGGAUGUCACGGAGGAGGAAGACGAGCAUGCAUGCGGUGCCAUGGUACUGGUCUUAUCAUGUGCAGGAAAUGUAAUGGAAAUAAGAAGCUCUUGCAUUUUAUUCAGCUCACGGUCACAUGGAAGAACCAAGUGUAUAGGUUCGUACCUGACCGGCAGACUGGCUUCCCCAUCAAGAAGUUUGAGAAAGUGUCUGGGGAAUUGUUCUUCAUAGAUGAAAAUCUCCUGGUGUAUCCAGUAGAGGGCUUCCCUGACCAGGAGAUCUGCUGCGCCUCUAAAGACGCCAUCCGGGAGCACUGGUACAAAUAUUCAGCCUCCAGCCGCAUCCUGCAGCAGCGACAGACUAUAGAGCUGGUGCCGCUCACUCGUGCCGUUUACUCCUAUAAAGAGAAGGAUUAUGAGUAUUUUGUCUACGGGACUGAAAACAAGGUUUACACCGCUAAAUAUCCCAAAUCCUGCACUUUACUGUAAAAAUCACGUCGUCUGAACAUUUUAAAUGGUCACAAUCAUUACCACCCACUGCACUGUCCACUGUCGACCUCACAAGAUAACACCUCACAACUUACAAAAUGCAGAAGAGGAAGAAUUCCCAAGACGUCUCCCGAGCUUUAACCUUGUGAUCCAUUUACAUACUGCUGUACCAUGACUUUCAGAUGUUGUUUAGUAUUUCUUUUAUUUUAUUUUCUAAGUAUUUUUGUCAUAUUUUGUCACUUUUCUCUGUGCCUGUGUUCCUGCUGAUAUGGAGCUUUUAUAUUUUUAUAUUUCUACAUCUUUAUAAUUUACAGAGCUGCUUUUAUCUAUUGUUUUCUUGUCAGAAUUUGUAUAUAUAUAUAUGUUGAAAUAUUGCACUGUAUCUAAAUAAAUAUUUUACACAAAUAACUGCAAUUAAAAAA